AUGCCAUCCUCCGAUCGCCCUCGCGCCCCUUUUGCUGUCACAGUGCAUCCGUUUCCGUCUCCAACACCACACUCUUGCGCAUACGAAAGGGGCCCAUCCUCAGCUCGCAACGCCCUGGUAUUCAUCGGCGGGCUCACCAGUGGGCCGCAUUCCACCGACCUCGACUUCCUGGCGGACAUGCUGGAACAUGGUUCUCCGGCACUGAGCUACUCUCUGUGGGAAUUCCGGAUGCGCAGCUCUUAUUCGGGGUUCGGGUACUCAAGCCUCGCAAACGACGUCGAAGACAUGGCGGCUCUGGUCCAGUAUCUUCGCGGUAUUGGCAAGGAGAAGAUUGUCCUCAUGGGUGCUUCGACGGGCUGCCAGGACUGUCUCGAGUACACGGACAGCGACAAGCACCAGACUCCUCCGGUGGAUGGCUAUAUUCUGCAGAGCCCGGUAUCUGACCGUGAAGCUGCCUUCUUGUUCAUGGCCCCUGAUGCACUGGAACGCAGCAUUCAGAUUGCAGAGGGAAUGAUCGAGCGUGGUCAGCAGGAUCAUCCAAUGCCAAAGACAUUUCUUCCACCGAUCUUCAGCACACCUGUCACUGCUUACAGGUGGCAUUCCCUCGCAGCCAAGGGGGGAGACGACGAUUACUUCUCGUCUGACCUCCCUGACUCCAGGAUUGCCACAGUAUUUGGCAGGAUCGACAAGCCGGUGCUUUUUGUGCCUGCCGGCAGUGACGAGAUGGUGCCGGCGUCGGUGGACAGGCAUGAGCUGCUGGCCCGAUGGAUUUCGUUUUGCCGGAAGGGACUUGCUAGCGAUUUGUCUGGAUUCAUUCCGGGUGCCGACCAUGUUGUGUCAGAGUCCGAGGCCCAGAAACGGCUAGCAAAGAGGGUGAAGGGAUUUUUGGAAUCGAUUUAG